AUGGAGAAAGAGAUAGUGGAGGUUCACUGUGGGCAAAACCAACCUGCAUGUAGCCUUAGGAGGCAAGAGGAGGAGGAGGAGGAGGGAGGAGGAGAAACGCUGCAGUCACCUGACCAUAGCAGCAUGCAGGAAGUGACAUCAGAAGGUGGACUGGAGCAGGGCCAGACAGAGGAGACGCUGAGGUUUUCCCACAUGACCGACAUCCAGGAAGCCAAGGAUUUAGAAUCAGCUGGUCUAAAUGUGCUUCCAGUGCAGAAACAUUCGAACAGGGAGCGUCGGGUGGAGGAGCCCCACGGGUCUGGGCCUUUCUUCUUCAUGGGAGGAACAAAUGGAGCGGAAAUAGUGAGCAGUUACUGUGAGAGCAGAGGAUGGAAAAGGAUUCACAACAAGCACAGGAAGGAUUUCAAACUCAAGUGGUGUGACACCAAAUCUUCAGCCAACUACAGUAACUUCAGAGAAGGUGAACAGUUGAUGUACCAGAUUCCCAACAACAAGGUGCUCACCACUAAGAUCGGCCUCCUCAGCAGUCUGCGGGAGUACGAGCGAGUCAGCAGCAAAGUCAACCACGGCAGAAGAUCAAGGAGGCUAAAAAUAGAAGAGUUUAUUCCCACUACCUUCCGCAUGGACAUGAGGGAAGAGAGGGCGGCUUUCUUUGCCCAGCAGGAGGGUGUAAGCAACAACAGGAAUCAAAUGUGGAUCUGUAAGCCGACGGGAAUGAACCAGGGCAGAGGUAUUUUUCUGAUGAAGAGCCCAGAGGACGUAUCCGCCUUCAGACUGAAGCUGGAGCAGGCAGAGGGCCGACAGGCCAGCAGGAGGACGCAGCAUCGUCAGCCUCAGGCUCGCAUCGUCCAACAUUACAUCCAGAAGCCGCUGCUCCUGAAAGGCAAAAAGUUUGAUGUGCGCUCUUUCCUUCUGAUCGCCUGCACCGCACCUUACAUGGUUUUCUUUCGUCAUGGAUAUGUACGACUUACCUGUGACCUCUACGACCCCAGCUCCAACAACCUCUCUACACACCUGACCAAUCAGUACAUGCAGAAGAAGAACCCUCUGUACAGCCAGCUGAAGGAGGACACAGUAUGGUCCAUGGAGAGCUUCAACACCUACGUCAACGACAGGUUUCAGGUUGCCAAUGGUCUGCCCGGGGACUGGGUGCUGGGCGUCUUUGCAAAACGCAUGCAGCAGAUCAUGUUGCAAUGUUUCUUAGCUGUCAAAUCGAAGCUGGAACGCCGACUGGGCUUCUUCGACCUGAUUGGCUGUGACUUCAUGGUUGAUGAGGACUUUAAGGUGUGGCUGUUGGAGAUGAACUGUAACCCUGCUCUGCAUACCAACUGUGAUGUGUUGAAAGAGGUGAUACCCAGCACUGUUGUGGAGACACUGGAUUUAACUCUGGAGAUCUUCAACAAGUGUCGUCUCAGACAGACCAUUCUCCCUUUGGACAGCCGAAGAGAGUCUGUGCUGCUGUAUAAUGGAGAGCUUCCUCCCGAUACAGAGCUGGCCUGCAGCAAAAGUCAAUUCAAUCAGAAGAGAUCCAAAAAGACUGAAGUCGGGAGAUGUAAGUCAGGGAAUGAGAGCACAGCUUUGCCCUCAGCGUCCCCUGAUACACCUGUGAAUGUUUCAGAGGACAGUCAGUCAAUGUCCUCCUCACAUCUCCAUCGGCGCCGUCUCUCUCCGCACAGAUCUUCACAUCCAAACAGUCAUAGCACACAGAUUGUAAAAUGUAAGAAGGCCAGGCCUCGGGUUGAACUCAAGUUGAGCAAAUGCACUUUUCACCAUCAGUUGAAGGCUGUGGACGACUUGCAGCACUCAGCGACUCAGGAGAAGACAUCACGUCGAUGUCAUCACCAUCAGUGAGUAAAGCUGUCUCUAUCUGUGAAUCCCCUCAGACAACAAAGUCAGCGUCCCCUUUGUAUGCUGGAUCUCCUCCUGUACAUAUACAUGUACAGUAUGUGGAGGCAAACCUGAAAGAAGAGAGGAGCUUGGGGAGGAAAAUCCCGGAGAAGACUCAAAGUUGAGUGUUGAGACCAAAGAGGAGAUGUGAUGUGUAAUUAUGCAAACUGCUCGGAACUAAAGAACUUCUGAAAAAAGUCAAAUGUUUGGACAUUCAUUGAUAUUUUACUGUCAGUUUAAUACACAAAGAAAUGCUAAAAGUGAUAACAUAUCCUCUUAUUUAAAACUUGAAUUAUGACAAACCUCAUCCCUCUUCUUUGCCAUUUAGCUACAUUUGACUUUCUUGAAACCAGUUUCUUUACUGCUGCACUUCUUUGACUAUAUUUAUUUAUUUAUACAGUUGUCUUACACAUUGUUUAACUUUCCCCCUGAUUUAUAUUCGGUAUGCCAUAAGGUCUCAUUUACCUUGUGCAUUUUAUGUCAGUGAUUUACAUUUUUAUUUUGAUCACUAGGCUUUGUUUUCCACCUGAUAUGACGGCACAUUUGACUUUAUUUGCUGUUCAUUCUGUCUGUUUCAUGUGCAUUUAUUUUCCUUAUGAAGAAGCACUUUGAGC